AUGCUGUUGGAAGAAUCGGCCAAGGACCACGGCCACUGUGACGACUCAACCAUAAUUUCGGACGGAUACACGGACACAGGAUCAACGGACACCAUCUCACCGGACAGAUUUAUGGGAGUGACGGGUGAGAGACUGUCCGACUCGGACUCCGUGGACACGAUAAACAUUUGGGCAUCACAACCUCCGCACCCCGCUCCCCCAAGAACUCCAGAGCCCCAACCGCUGUCUCCGCCCUCUCUCUCCUCCCUCUCGUCAUUGGCAUUACCGGACGACUUACCGAGGACACCUAGACUAUCACCGUCGUCAUCAUCAUCAUCAUCCAGCUCCACCUCCAGCCACGAUACGGAUAGAACUGUUGAGUGCACCUCUCCGAAGGGCACCAUCUCCCCCCGCACAACAACAACAACAACAAGAAAUAAAGACAAAAGGAAGGGGGACGCGCCUUUCAGCAUGGAAGCUUGGAGGAAUACCCCCAGUUGCUCAUACGCACGGACAGGGGACAGAGAGAAGGAAACCGUAGUACGCCCCGAACGGCCCCCACCACUGUCACGGCUCAGGGAGCAACAGAAGGAUACCGCUGGCGAAUCAGAGGGCACUGGAAGGGGAAGAAUCAUCAACAACAAAGAGGUGGUGGGAAAAGGGAAAGGGAUAGGCAAAAGAUCGCUCCCAACAUCCGCAAUCGAACCCAUAGGGGAAAACGAGGAGAAGAAGACCUCGGGUACCUCCCCCUCCGCCGCCCUAGCCCCCCCCCCUGCUCAGCCAGCGGACACACACAGCGCAAUAUCACCGCCGAAGGGAACAGGCGCAAUAAUAAUCUACGGGGCCUCCGUUAGCGAAAAUAUAGCCAAAACCAAAACCGAAACCGAAAUUCAAACCAAAUUCAAAUUUACCGGCGUCCUCAGCGAUAGCAGUGCAGCCGCCUCUGUCGCCGCCGCCACUUCUGCACCAACUUUACAGACAACGGGAACGGAGGAGGAGGACCCUUCCUCGCUCCCCACCGCUCCUCAGGAGCGCCCUUCGGAAUUCUUCUUCCCCUCCUCCCCUUCCUCCUCCUCCUCCUCCUCCUCCUACUCCUCCCCGCCCUGCAAAAGGGAAAAAAUGAAUCAUGAUGAGGAAAAUUCUAACUCCAACAUCAACAACACCAAAGAAAAGAGACAGAAUAAGAAAGAAGGAACAGAAUUGGACCACUACCCAAAAACAAAAACAAACAAAGACACGCACCCACUAGACGAGGCAGUGGAGAAAAUAAACGCCAUAAUACUAGGACUGGCUGGCACACGAACGGGCACAGCCCGAACAAUAAAAACGGACCCACUCUUCGCAACUGGGCUCCGUCGACACACGCCCCGCAGGCCGAACGCGAAAGCAAGCACCAACAAACACACGAAUGCAAACAACACCGAAAGAAUAGCUGCAAUCAUUAGGAAUAGGUGCGAAGAACUCCUGAAUGUAGAAAAGCAAGCUAUACAACUGCGCAAACUAAUAAUCGACCUAGGCGGAAAAGACACUCUCUCAUGUCCCCCCCCUCCUCGGCCUCCCACUCCCCCUCCGCCUCUUUCCCCCCCUCCUCCGAAUCAAACCCGGAAAACUGACGAGCCCUGCUCGGGGACAAGAAACGGAAAUGUCUUCCCGAAGCCUCAAACCGGCCUCACCACCUCCUCCCCCAAUUCCUCUCCUCACCAUUCAAGGAGCGGAAACGGGAACGAACACAGGAGCAGCGGAACGGAGCCCGAACAACACACCAGCGCAAAUGAGCCGAAGAUCAGGAGAAGCGACAAGCACCCGGACCUGGUUCAAAUCAUGAACGCGUUGAGAGAACAUCAAAAGAUCCAACGGGAACAGGACCAGCGACUAUCCCGAUUACAAAAGCAAAUCGAGGCGCUUCGCUCCGGUGACGCUCCCGGGCAAGAACGGAUUACCCAAUCUAAACUCGAGACCAAAACUAAAACCGAUACCCAAACUGAAACAAAGGAAAAUGUAGGUAGAAAGAGGAAAACAACAUGGAGAAACAACAGAAGAAGGCGAACCAAAAAUCACCGGGAGAACACCACCGCACCUACACCCGCUCCACCACCACCACCACCACCACUAUCAACCAACAUCCCAACAAACGACACCACACAACGAGCACGACAGCAAAGAGAAAGAGCCCCGCAAAACCAACAUCCUAGGGUUAACGAAUCAACUCAACGGAGACAAUUAUCAUCACAACCGUUUCCACAAUCACCACGACUGCAACAACAACCCCUCUCAGUACGGCAACGAGGGCGGCCGCAGUUACCUCAACGACAACAACAACAACAACAACCACAAAGACUUAGGCCUCCACCGCAAGGGGGUAACCCAACACCGACACAACUAGAGCGACAGCAGCUGACCAAUCUCCGUGUGCUCGCACCCCCCCCCACCAUCGCGGGCGAGACACGAACCCCCCCAGGGGAACGCUCCCCGGCGUCUGGGACCUGUAGGCUUUGA